AUGGAUCUGGCUACAACCCCGGGAAUGCCGCCGCCAGACGGCCAGGAGUCGCAUUUCCAUGAGCCCUAUAACUCGUUGCAAACAGGGACUGUCCUUGCCUUUGGCAUCACCUAUCUUAUUGCUACAAUUUUCCUUGGUCUUCGCUAUUUCCAGGCUUUUAAGCUAACCAAGAAGAUUGAGGUAGACUUGAUCACCAUCACGAUUUCCUAUGGCAUUGCGCUGGUCUAUUUUGUGACUGUGGUUAACUUAAUGAACUAUGGCUGGGGAAAGCACAUGUGGAAUGUUAGCUUGGAAGAACUCAUGGAGUUCAAUCAAGUGAGACUUCUUGACAUAUUUUGGAGCACAGUGGCUGACAAGAAGCAGCGGUUGCUUGUCAAUACAUUGACUUACUUGAUAUGUCCAUCCAUCACCAAGAUGGCCAUUCUCUCUGUCUUGUUUCAAAUCAAUCCUGCAAAGAUAUACCGCUACCUCGUCGUGGCCCUCGCAGUGGCGAUCUUUGCAUAUACCCUGACCUUAUGUAUCAUCACCGGAGGACCGUGUAAUCCUCUCCAUGCAGGAACUACAACAUGCCUAAAAAACGUCGCUCUGUCUCAGGCAGUUCUGAAUAUUGCCUCUGAUUUAGCUGUGAUCGCCAUCCCAAUCCCGACGAUCCACAGUCUUCAUUUUUCAGCAAAACAAAAAGCCAUGGUAGGCUGCCUGCUAGCUCUGGGAUCUGGUGUCAUCAUCUGCUCAAUAGCACGCCUACCAUACGUCUUGCUUCUCAGCAAAACUGCCGACACAACCUAUACCGAAGCCAUCCUAGGAGUAUGGUCCCUCGUUGAGGUCAACCUCGGCAUCAUCUGCGCCUGCGCAAUGCGGUUCAAACGUCUAAUCGCAAUAUAUCUACCGCGGCUUUCGCUAUUCUCGUCGCGCUCGCACGGAACUACGAAACCCAGAGAGGACACGCCUAUAAACAAGUUCCAGCCAAAAAAUAGUGGAGGGCAGCACUCGUACGAGCUGUACAGCACCCAGGAUGGUCAUGCCGAUCCGUUUGCUGGCACGAAAGAUAUCUCCGUCCAUCGGUCGUUCAAAACGGAUGAAGAACGCACGCACGUUUAUAGCAGGGACAAUGAUAGCGCUGACAAAAUUUUGGCUUAA